AUGUUUGACACAAUGAAGCCUCAUCCGUUACUGGCACAGGUCCCAUUGACUGUGUCGCCCUUCCUGUCGCUACCGACUGCCGUCACCCUGCCGUACACAUAUCGUUCUGUGCCGACGUCGUUACCCCCUUCCAUCAUAGAGGAGAAUGGUGAAGGGAAGCCCAAGUAUGUCGUAUCCUCGUCGGGACACUCUGCACAUCCAGAAGACAUUGUCAACUCGUGCAAAGCCCUCCAAGCCCAUCUUCAAAAAAGCAUCGAUGCAGCAGAGAAGGCCGUAAGAGACUGGGAGCAGGGCAUCAAAGAUCGUGACCUUGCGGAAAAGCGCAGAGUUGCUCCUGGGUGGCUAGAUCGGACGGAAAAAAUACUUGAGCCUACCAAAGCCCAGGUCAGACAACAGAACGACCAAGGACUGCUGGAUACACAUCCUGCAAAUACUAUUUCUGCUCCGGCCAUGUCACCCAGCAGAGAAGGCGAAGAACUGGAUCGAGCAUUUGGCGGUCUAAACGUGAGGUGA